ACACAUGUUUUCUAUUUUCAAAAACACACAAAAAUGUAAAACACAGAGCACGACCAAUCGAUUCCUCGCCCGUCCAAUACAAGUCGUCGGUCAGGUCAGUUUUUCAUCGGGCAGUCGCACGAUUAGUCGUCUCUUGUUCCUGAUUGCAAACUCGUUCUUUGGGUUCGAUCGCCCACCGAAAUUAGGGUUGCAAACGUCUGAACACACGCAUCUCUUCUUUCUUUCGUAAUCUGCAAGUCGUACCUAUGGACGGAGCACCGGCUGCCGGCGGUGGGGCCGCAGGCGGCGGAGGUGGCGGUCCAGCCCCGUUUCUUCUGAAGACGUACGACAUGGUGGACGAUUCAUCGACGGAAGAUAUCGUGUCGUGGAGUUCGAACAAGAACAGCUUCGUGGUGUGGAACCCCCCGGAAUUCUCGCGCCUUCUCCUCCCCACCUACUUCAAGCACAACAACUUCUCCAGCUUCAUCAGGCAGCUCAAUACCUAUGGGUUUCGGAAAAUAGAUCCUGAGAGGUGGGAAUUUGCUAAUGAAGACUUUGUAAAGGAUCAAAAGCACCUUCUUAAGAAUAUCCAUCGUAGAAAACCUAUUCACAGCCACAGCCAGAGUCACCCUCAAGGUUCUUUGGUUGAUCCUGAAAGAGCAGCAUUUGAUGAAGAAAUAGAGAGACUUUCACGUGAGAAAAAUUUGCUGGAGACAGAUUUUUCGAGAUUUAAACAGCAGCAAUCUGCGGCAAAGCUUCAAUUGGAAGAUCUUAUGCAGCGGGUGCUUGGUAUGGAGCAAAGGCAGGAUAAUUUGCUUUCUUUCUUAGAGAAGGCCGUUCAGAACCCUACCUUUGUUGAACAUCUAGCCCAGAAAAUCGAAUCUAUGGAUUUCUCAGCAUAUAAUAAGAAAAGGCGACUACCUCAACUUGAUCACUCUCAACCAGUUGUGGAAAAUAGCUUCGUAGAUGAGCAUAGCUGUUGCAGACCAGAGUUGGGGAAUAUUUCCCAUCAUGAUUUCUCGAAUAAGUUGAAUUUGGAGUUGUCACCAGCUGUAUCAGAUGUGAACUUGGUUUCACAUAGCACACAAAGUUCCAAUGAAGAAGGUGGAAGUCCAGAGCGCAAAGGAUCUGAAGGAGAACCAAAGGAUGCACAUGCAAGAACAGAGGGUGUUUUAUUUGCACCUGAAAUGUUAGAGCUUUCAGAUACUGGUACAUCUUUCAAAUUUAAAAUGGAUUCAUCAUUGUCACGUAAAGUGGGAGCAAAUGAGAGCACAAAACUGCAUUCAUUGCAGAAAAGUUUGACUGCUGCUGAAGAAGGUGAUGGCCAUAUUUCCUGCCAUUUGAACUUAACUCUUGCAUCCUCUUCACUGCAAGCCAAUGAGAGUUACUCGACGAGGACACUCCAACUGGAUCAGGAAAUUGGAAAAUCAAUCGGUUCAAAGUCUAAUGGCAAUGGUGAAGAAGCCAGUUUCCUAGAUUUUGCAAGGAACAGAAAAUUUUCUGGUAAUGAUGCUACUUUGUCUUCCUCGAGAGAGGCUCAGGAUUAUCCCCAAGGGCUUCCAGCAGCUCAGGUUCAAGUGAAUGAUGUAUUCUGGGAACAAUUCCUUACUGAAAGACCAGGAUCGUCAGACACUGAAGAGGCAAGUUCUAAUUUUAGGGCCAACUCAUAUGAGGAUCAAGAUGAAAGAAGGUCGGGCCAGGGAAUGUCCAGAAACACAAAGAACAUGGAGCAACUGACUCUUUGAGCACCAAAAUUGCACUCAGAGCUAGCUAAUGAGAUUUUUGAAGGUUUGCGUUCUUUCCCUGGUCUAAAAUGCAACGUGAGACUAUUUAUGGUAAAAUUAGGUCCUGUGUACAUGCAUUAGUCGCUGGAUGUUGCGAGUUGCUGCUCAUGGUUAAAUGGCUAACACUUUUGAAAGCCUGCAUUAACCAUUGUGACAAGGAGCCAUUGUUAAUUGUAAUGUAUCUGUAAAAUAUACCUCUUGCUUGGGUGUGCUGCAGGUUUUGAACUAUAAAAUACUUGGGCAACAAGUUCUGAAUUUUAGUUAGUGUCUUGCGCCAUAUAUUAUGUAGAUGUUUGAUAUAAGAAUGAAAUAAAAUCAAAUUUAUCAUUUGAUUUAA